AUAUGCAUAACCCGUUGGGCCUGAGGCAUGAUCCGUUGGGCUUGGAGCAAUACCAUUUUCUCUGCUAAGCUGUAGACUGAGGGGUUUUUGAAGCUCCAAUUCUACUCGAUCGAAGGCUUCUCCAAUUCCUGGCUGCAGAUUCACCGUCGUCUUAAUCCUAAAAUUCUAAUCUCUGAGGGGACGCGUUCUAAGUAUUUCUUUCUUUCUAUUUCUGCUCAAAUUUUGGAAUACAUACAUGUUGAGUUGGUGAAUAGUUAGAAUGGAUAAGCUAUUAGAGUUUGGUAGAAGAGCCAUGUUUUAUGUGAGAGUUCUUUCUGGAUAUGAAGAACGAAGAAUUCGAUCUUACAGGUUGCAGCUUGAGAAGCGUCUCCAACAGGCACAAGAAAGGAAGGCAGCCUUAAGAAAACUCCCUGAGCAAGCCAUAUUAGGAGAGGUUCGUCGUAUGGUUGAGGAGAUGCAGAGUUUAAAUAAGAAGUUAGAAGAAACAGAGGCUGCCAUUGAAGACUACUUCAAACCAAUUGACAAGGAAGCUGAGUACAUAAUGAAAAUACAGCUCGAAGGAGAGGAGAAGACGAUGAGGGAGAUGAUGGCAGCUAUGCAGAAACAGGCUUUGCUUGAGAAAGCUGAAGUAGAAAAAAUUGCAAACAAAAAGGAACAUACCAAGGAACAAGCAUCCACCACCACGGAAAAACAUUCUGAGAUGAGAUAAUUCCAUGAAUGUUGUUGGUUUGUGGUAGAAAUAAAGAAUUGAUUUUGAAACAGGGCAUGUUCCAAAAAGCUGUUCUUUUUGGCAUACUUUCUGAGAUCAGUUUGUUUAUGCCUUCUGGCCAUGGUCCUUCAUAGUCCAUAAAGUUGAGGCCUUUCAAAAAUAUCUGAAUGAAAAAGGCACAUUUUAUCAGAUUUUGUAUUACAAUCUCAAAUAGGCAACAGAGAGCUUAUAUUGUUGUACUUGUGAUUUUUUUAAUGGGGAUUGAAAAUUGUUUGUUA